AUGACAGUUUCCGUUGAAAACCGCGAAGCCGCGUUCCCGAUCCCAGUGGUGGAUAUCUCGCAAUAUUUGGAGGACCCAAGGUCUUCCGAGGCGGACCGCGUUGUAGAAAUUAUCAGACACGCUUGUGAGACAAGCGGCAUUUUCGAAGUUACAGGCCAUGGCAUCCCUAUAGAACUGCAGGACCGAGUGUUUGAGGCAACAAAAGCAGUGUUCAACCUUCCAGCAGACGAGAAGCUCAAAUUGAGCGGCAAACCUGGCCGGGGCUACGAAGUGUAUGGGAAUGAGGUACGAGAAGCAGAUACAAGGCCUGACGUGAGAGAAGGUUAUUUCGUCGGCCGUCAGCUCCCUGGAAUGAACAAUCAAUUCAGGCCAUUCGGGGAGCCCAACAUCUGGCCAGACCCCAAAAUCCUUCCCGAGACAAAGUUUAGACAACCCAUGCUUGAAUAUCUCGAUGCCGUGACCGAUCUCUCGUUCCACUUGAUGCAGAUUCUUGCCAGGGGCCUUCCGCAACUUGAUACUAGGGUCAUUGCCGAGUUCUGUCGAGAUCCGAUCGCAGCAAUCAGGCCCCUCCGGUAUCCAUCUCAGCCAAAGGAUUCUGCUGUCGUCGGUACUGGUGCGCACACGGACUUUGGAGCGAUCACCUUGUUGCUCCAGGAUGGGAAUUCCGGUCUCCAGGCUUUUGAUCCAUCUCAGAACGCCUGGGUUGAAGUGCCUUCUCGGAGGGAUGGCCUUGUCGUCAAUGUCGGUGACAUGUUGCAGACCUGGACGAAUGGGGCGUACAAGAGCAACACUCACCGUGUCAUCAAUACCAGCGGAAGCGACAGAUACUCUGUUCCCUUCUUCCUUGAUGGCAAUUCAGACUGUGUUUUAAGACCUCUUGAUGGCUCUUCUGAUGGAGAUGCCUGCACCGUGGAAGAGCAUAUGCUCAAAAUGUACGCGGUCACAUACAAAUAA